AUGCGGUUCUUCUGUCUACCAGGAGGCCUUUGCAAUGCCAAAACAUUGGAAGUACAACUAGGUAAGCUUAGGCUGAACCUCCUCGAAUUCUUUGAGACUGUGUCACUGAUCGCGAGUGUUCUAGAGCCAAUUUUAUCAGAGCUCAACAAGGACGAACAUAAAACCAGCUUCGUGUACACGCAGGGUCAAAAUCCUGUCACGGUGCCACCCGAAUUUGAAGGGUUCUUUGGUCCACCUCCCAAUUUCACAUUCAUUGACGGUGACCCCAAAGUUGCUUCCUAUCCAAUUCGCACACUUGGCCGAGAAGGAAGCCCCGAAGAUGCCAUAAGGAAGUUUUAUGAUGCUGCCGGCCUAUGGAAGUACAGGAAUCCAAGCUCUGUGCUGGAUCCUCUACUUGACUAUAUUGAUCAGGAUCCCGAUAUUGAAGGAAUUAUUGGAUUCUCAGAAGGAGCCGGCAUUGCGGCCUCCCUCAUUGUAGAGGAGACAAAGCGACAGAAAGCAACUGGAAGGAUUCCACGACUCAAAUGCGCCGUUUUCAUGUCAGGAAUGCCUCCCAUGGAUUCAACCAGUGGCCGAUAUCUCCUGCAGGAUCAAGAUGGCGAGUUGAUUUCCAUCCCAACCUUCCAUAUCAUGGGAUCCCAGGAUGCUAUGAUCAGCGGCGUCAUGGCGCUAUACAAUGUCUGUGAUCCAGACACGGCAGACUUGUUUGAUCAUGGCGGCGGUCACAUUAUCCCUCGCGACGCGCAAACUGUGACGGAGAUUUCAAAGAUAAUCCGUACUAUGGUGGCGAAUUUGUGA